CGUGCCGACCCCGGGAUUGGUCCCGAGGCGGCUCGGGUGUUUCCGUAGGGGGCUCGAGUUGAGAGGGGGGGCUGGCGAGUGCGCCGGGCUCUUCGGCUGGCUAUUCACAGAAGGUGCUUAGGGCCGUUCCGCAGCGUAGGGCGGCGACGGGCAUAGGCGGCUGCGCGGCUUGGGCGCACGCACAGAGCGCAGCGGCAGGAGCCCGGCACGCAGCGGAGAGGCAGCAGCGGGGACAAAGGGACCGAUCGAGCAGAAACGGGGAGGGGGGCCCGGCGGGAGGCAGCCGGCGCCGGGAGGGAGCGGCGGGAGGCUUCAGCCGGGCGGGCGAGUCCCAUGUGCCUUGGGCGCCCGGGGAAGCAACAGCAACAACCGCCGCCGCCCGCGCUCUGAAGCCGGUUGAGGAGGAUCCGCCGCCGCCGCCGUCAUGGCCUGCGCCGCCGCCGCCGGCCGCCGCCCGCAGUGCAGCCUCGCCAGCCUGAGCCGCCGCCAGCUGCCCCUGCGGGCGCAAUGAGGAGCCGCGCCGGAGCCGCCGCCUCUGCGCUGCACUGAGAAGCUCACAACGAAAGAGAGAGAAACCCAGCGAGCGAGGCCGCCCGGGCCGUCUCACCCCUACUCCGCCCGCCGCGGAUCCCACCGCCCCUGCCGGAUCCCCUUGCGAGCGGCCGCAACACCUCCUGUCGGCGGAUCCGGGAGCUCCGAGAUCCCUCCGCCGGGGGAGGAAAAAUAGUCCCGUUCCCUGCCGCCUCCCUCAGAGGCGAGGGGGAAGAAGAGGAGAGGGGCGGGGGAAGGAAGAGGAGGAAGAAAAAGAAGAGAAAAAAAAAGAACAAGGAAAAAAAAAAAAGAGAAACCGGCCGACAGGAUCAGAGGAGCCGGGCCGUCAGCCUCCGCCCCAUGUGACUGGCGCCCAGGGAGGGGGCAGCGCGGCCUAGCACACCCCCCGCCAUCGCGGCCGGGGGCAGGAGCGGGAGCGGCGCCGGGGCGGGGGGGCUGCGGACGGGGCGGAGGCGGCUCUGGGACCCACCACCGGCGCUGCCGGGAAGGAUGGUUUUGUGAGGAACGGGCGGCGUGAGGAGGAGGAAAGAAAAGAAGCGGCAGCAGCAGCCGGGCGAAGAGCGCGACAGAGACCGAGAGGGGAGGGGGCUUCCCCGGGGGGUGGGGGGCAGAGGGGGGGGAGCCCGGCGUUUCAUGUGGCGCGUCCCGCCCGUCUCCUCCAGCUGAGGGAGCGGCAGGCGGGCCCUCCGAGGCGGAGCGGGGGGGGGGGUUAAGGCCAGGAAGAGAAAAGAGAGAGGAGAAGAGAGGAGAGGUGGUGAUCGGGGCCAGAGCGGGAGACCAUGUCCGGGCGGCCCAGGACCACCUCCUUCGCGGAGAGCUGCAAGCCGGUGCAGCAGCCCUCGGCCUUCGGCAGCAUGAAAGUUAGCCGAGACAAGGAUGGCAGCAAAGUGACUACAGUAGUGGCAACUCCUGGACAAGGUCCAGAUCGACCACAAGAAGUCAGCUACACAGACACCAAGGUGAUUGGAAAUGGAUCUUUUGGUGUUGUGUAUCAAGCCAAACUCUGUGAUUCAGGAGAGCUUGUCGCCAUCAAGAAAGUCCUGCAGGAUAAAAGAUUCAAGAACCGAGAGCUCCAGAUUAUGAGAAAGCUGGAUCAUUGUAACAUUGUCCGAUUGCGUUAUUUCUUCUACUCGAGUGGAGAGAAGAAAGAUGAGGUGUACCUCAACUUGGUGCUGGACUAUGUUCCUGAAACAGUAUACAGAGUUGCCAGACAUUAUAGUCGGGCCAAACAGACACUCCCUAUGAUUUAUGUCAAGUUGUACAUGUAUCAGCUGUUCCGGAGUUUAGCCUAUAUCCAUUCCUUUGGGAUCUGCCACCGGGAUAUAAAACCACAGAACCUCUUGCUGGACCCUGAUACAGCUGUCCUAAAACUCUGCGACUUCGGAAGUGCAAAACAGCUGGUUCGUGGAGAACCUAAUGUCUCAUACAUCUGCUCUCGGUACUACAGGGCACCAGAGUUGAUCUUUGGAGCCACCGAUUAUACCUCCAGUAUAGAUGUGUGGUCAGCAGGCUGUGUAUUGGCUGAACUGUUACUAGGACAACCAAUCUUUCCAGGUGACAGUGGUGUGGAUCAGUUGGUGGAAAUAAUCAAGGUUCUGGGGACGCCUACAAGGGAGCAAAUUAGAGAAAUGAAUCCAAACUAUACUGAAUUCAAAUUCCCUCAGAUUAAGGCACAUCCAUGGACUAAGGACUCGUCAGGAACAGGACAUUUCACCUCAGGAGUACGGGUCUUCCGGCCCCGCACUCCACCAGAAGCAAUUGCGCUAUGUAGCCGUCUGUUGGAGUACACCCCUACUGCCCGCCUGACUCCCCUGGAGGCCUGUGCGCACUCUUUCUUCGAUGAACUACGGGACCCAAAUGUCAAGUUACCAAAUGGGCGAGAGAAACCUGCACUCUUCAAUUUCACCACUCAAGAACUGUCAAGUAACCCAUCUCUGGCUUCGAUCCUCAUCCCUGCUCAUGCCCGGAACCAAGCAGCUGCUUCAACCCCUACAAACGCUACAGCGGCCUCAGAUGUUAACGCAGGAGAACGAGUUCAGACCAAUAGUGUAGCUACAGCAUCAGCCUCCAACUCCACCUGAACCGGUACCAAGCAGCCAGCUGCACAGGAAAAAUCACCAGUAAUUUGAGUCUUGCUCAGCAACACUGGUCACAUUUGGAAAGAAAAUUAAAAAGAGGAAAAAAAAAAAAAAAAAACAACCAACAAACCAACCAACCUGUUCAUUUUAGUGUUCAAUUUUUUAUUAUUAUUGUUGUUCUUAUUUAACCUUGUAAAAUAUCUAUAAAUACAAACCAGUUUCAUUGUAUUCUCACUCUGCAGGGUGUCCGGGGCAGGGGACUAGGUGGGGGGAGGAGGGAAAGCGGAGCAAUACAACACACCAAUGUCUCUCCCCUCGACAAUCUCUUCAUGUUGGAAGUUUGCUGUUGUGUACUUCAGAACCAGGACUCUUGCCUCAUGCCCCCUCCCACAACAGAAAGAAGGAAAAAAAAAAAAAAAAAACC